AUGCGCGGCGCCGGUGGCCCCCGCGGCCCUCGGGGCCCCGCUAGGAUGUUGCUGCUGCUGGCGCUAGCCUGCGCCAGCCCGUUCCCGGAGGAGGCCCCGGGGCCGGGCGGCGCCGGCGGGCUCGGCGUGGGCCUCGGCGGGGCGCGGCCGCUCAACGUGGCGCUCGUGUUCUCCGGGCCGGCGUACGCGGCCGAGGCGGCGCGCCUGGGGCCGGCCGUGGCGGCGGCCGUGCGCAGCCCGGGCCUGGACGUGCGGCCCGUGGCGCUGGUGCUCAACGGCUCGGACCCGCGCAGCCUGGUGCUGCAGCUCUGCGACCUGCUGUCGGGGCUCCGCGUGCACGGCGUCGUCUUCGAGGACGACUCGCGCGCGCCCGCCGUGGCGCCCAUCCUCGACUUCCUGUCGGCCCAGACCUCGCUGCCCAUCGUGGCCGUGCACGGCGGCGCUGCGCUCGUGCUCACGCCCAAGGAGAAGGGCUCCACCUUCCUGCAGCUGGGCUCCUCCACGGAGCAGCAGCUGCAGGUCAUCUUCGAGGUGCUGGAGGAGUACGACUGGACGUCCUUUGUAGCGGUGACCACGCGUGCCCCCGGCCACCGGGCCUUCCUGUCCUACAUCGAGGUGCUGACCGACGGCAGCCUGGUGGGCUGGGAGCACCGCGGGGCGCUCACGCUGGACCCCGGGGCCGGCGAGGCCGUGCUGGGCGCCCAGCUCCGCAGCGUCAGCGCCCAGAUCCGCCUGCUCUUCUGUGCCCGCGAGGAGGCCGAGCCCGUGUUCCGGGCAGCCGAGGAGGCCGGCCUCACGGGGCCUGGCUACGUGUGGUUCAUGGUGGGGCCGCAGCUGGCCGGAGGUGGGGGCUCGGGGGCCCCCGGGGAGCCCCCGCUUCUGCCCGGCGGCGUCCCGCUGCCCGCGGGGCUGUUUGCGGUGCGCUCUGCCGGCUGGCGGGAUGACCUGGCCCGCCGCGUGGCAGCCGGCGUGGCCGUGGUGGCCAGAGGCGCCCAGGCUCUGCUGCGUGACUACGGCUUCCUGCCGGAGCUUGGCCACGACUGCCGGGCCCAGAACCGCACCCACCGCGGCGAGAGUCUGCACAGGUACUUCAUGAACAUUACCUGGGAUAACCGGGAUUACUCUUUCAAUGAGGAUGGCUUCCUGGUGAACCCCUCCCUGGUGGUCAUCUCCCUCACCAGGGACCGGACGUGGGAGGUGGUGGGCAGCUGGGAGCAGCAGACCCUCCGCCUCAAGUACCCGCUGUGGUCCCGCUACGGCCGCUUCCUGCAGCCGGUGGACGACACGCAGCACUUGACGGUGGCCACGCUCGAGGAGAGGCCCUUCGUCAUCGUGGAGCCCGCGGACCCCACCAGCGGCACCUGCAUCCGCGACUCGGUGCCCUGCCGGAGCCAGCUCAACAGAACGCACAGCCCCCCGCCGGACGCCCCCCGCCCGGAAAAGCGGUGCUGCAAGGGCUUCUGCAUCGACAUCCUGAAGCGGCUGGCGCACACCAUCGGCUUCAGCUACGACCUCUACCUGGUCACCAACGGCAAGCACGGCAAGAAGAUCGACGGCGUGUGGAACGGCAUGAUCGGCGAGGUGUUCUACCAGCGGGCGGACAUGGCCAUCGGCUCCCUCACCAUCAACGAAGAGCGGUCGGAGAUAGUGGACUUCUCUGUCCCCUUCGUGGAGACCGGCAUCAGCGUGAUGGUGGCACGCAGCAAUGGCACCGUGUCCCCCUCGGCCUUCCUCGAACCCUACAGCCCGGCCGUGUGGGUGAUGAUGUUCGUCAUGUGCCUCACUGUGGUCGCCGUCACCGUUUUCAUCUUCGAGUACCUCAGUCCCGUGGGCUACAACCGCAGCCUGGCCACGGGCAAGCGCCCUGGCGGCUCAACCUUCACCAUUGGGAAAUCCAUCUGGCUGCUCUGGGCCCUGGUGUUCAAUAACUCGGUGCCCGUGGAGAACCCCCGGGGGACCACCAGCAAAAUCAUGGUGCUGGUGUGGGCCUUCUUCGCCGUCAUCUUCCUCGCCAGCUACACAGCCAACCUGGCUGCCUUCAUGAUCCAGGAGGAGUACGUGGACACCGUGUCUGGGCUCAGUGACCGCAAGUUCCAGCGGCCGCAGGAGCAGUACCCGCCCCUGAAGUUCGGGACGGUGCCCAACGGGUCCACCGAGAAGAACAUCCGCAGCAACUACCCCGACAUGCACAGCUACAUGGUGCGCUACAACCAGCCGCGCGUGGAGGAGGCGCUCACGCAGCUCAAGGCAGGGAAGCUGGACGCCUUCAUCUACGACGCGGCCGUGCUCAACUACAUGGCCCGCAAGGACGAGGGCUGCAAGCUGGUCACCAUCGGCUCCGGCAAGGUCUUCGCCACCACGGGCUACGGCAUCGCCCUGCACAAGGGCUCCCGCUGGAAGCGGCCCAUCGACCUGGCGCUGCUGCAGUUCCUCGGCGACGAUGAGAUCGAGAUGCUGGAGCGGCUGUGGCUCUCCGGGAUCUGCCACAACGACAAGAUCGAGGUGAUGAGCAGCAAGCUGGACAUCGACAACAUGGCGGGGGUCUUCUACAUGCUGCUGGUGGCCAUGGGGCUGUCCCUGCUGGUCUUCGCCUGGGAGCACCUGGUGUACUGGCGCCUGCGCCACUGCCUGGGGCCCACCCACCGCAUGGACUUCCUGCUGGCCUUCUCCAGGGGCAUGUACAGCUGCUGCAGCGCCGAGGCCGCCCCGCCGCCCGCCAAGCCCCCACCGCCGCCGCAGCCCCUGCCCAGCCCCGCGUACCCCACGGCGCGCCCUGCGCCGGGCCCCGCACCCUUCGUGCCCCGCGAGCGCGCCGCAGUGGACCGCUGGCGCCGGGCCAAGGGCGCGGGGCCGCCGGGGGCCGCGGGCCUGGCCGACGGCUUCCACCGCUACUACGGCCCCAUCGAGCCGCAGGGGCUGGGCCUGGGAGAGGCGCGCGCGGCACCCCGGGGCGCGGCGGCGCGCCCACUGUCCCCGCCGGCCACGCAGCCCCCGCAGAAGCCGCCGCCCUCCUACUUCGCCAUCGUGCGCGACAAGGAGCCGGCCGAGCCCCCCGCCGGCGCCUUCCCCGGCUUCCCCUCGCCGCCCGCGCCCCCUGCCGCCGCGGCCGCGGCCGUCGGGCCGCCGCUCUGCCGCCUGGCCUUCGAGGACGAGAGUCCGCCGGCGCCCGCGCGCUGGCCGCGCUCCGACCCGGAGAGCCAGCCGCUGCUGGGGCCCGGCGCCGGGGGCGCGGGCGGCGCGGGGGGCGCGGGCGGCGGAGCCCCAGCCGCGCCGCCCCCGUGCCGCGCCGCGCCGCCCCCCUGCCCUUACCUGGACCUCGAGCCGUCGCCGUCGGAGUCGGAGGACUCGGAGAGCCUGGGCGGCGCCUCGCUGGGCGGCCUGGAGCCCUGGUGGUUCGCCGACUUCCCGUACCCGUACGCCGAGCGCCUCGGGCCGCCGCCCGGCCGCUACUGGUCGGUCGACAAGCUCGGGGGCUGGCGCGCCGGCAGCUGGGACUACCUGCCCCCGCGCAGCGGCCCGGCCGCCUGGCACUGCCGCCACUGCGCCAGCCUGGAGCUGCUGCCGCCGCCGCGCCACCUCAGCUGCUCCCACGACGGCCUGGACGGCGGCUGGUGGGCGCCGCCGCCCCCGCCCUGGGCCGCCGGGCCCCCGCCCCGGCGCCGGGCCCGCUGCGGCUGCCCGCGGCCGCACCCUCACCGCCCGCGGGCCUCGCACCGCGCGCCCGCCGCGCCGCACCACCACCGGCACCGGCGCGCCGCGGGCGGCUGGGACCUCCCGCCGCCCGCGCCCACCUCGCGCUCGCUCGAGGACCUCAGCUCGUGCCCCCGCGCCGCCCCCGCCCGCAGGCUCACCGGGCCCUCGCGCCACGCGCGCAGGUGCCCGCACGCCGCGCACUGGGGGCCGCCGCUGCCCGCCGCGCCGCACCGGAGACACCGGGGCGGGGACCUGGGCACCCGCAGGGGCUCGGCGCACUUCUCCAGCCUCGAGUCCGAGGUAUGA